GACUUACCAGUAUGCAAUAUAUAAAAUCCUUUGUACCACUUUCGUACUACGUAGCGACUUAAAUACAAGAUACAUAGCGGAUAUGAAUUUAAUUCGCAGAAAUGAACAUGUUUGAAGUAUAAAAGUAGCGGAAAUGCAUAUUAUAAACUAUGGAAUGCAGCCUUGGAGUUGUGUUCGUGUGAUUUUGGAAUGUAUAUUGAGAGAUUUUGAAGUCAAAGCGGAUAUGAAUUUAGUUCGCAGAAAUGAACACGUUUAAAGUAUAAGAGUAGCGGAAAUGCAGAUUAUAAACUAUGGAGUGUAGUCUUGGAGUUGUGUUCGUGUGAUUUUGGAAUGUAUAUUGAGAGAUUUUGAAGUCAGAUUAGACGUUUUAUUUUAAUCAUAAGAUGACACGUGAUAAAGAGAAGUAGUGAUUAAGAGGCUGUAGUUGAAGCACAAAUUGUAUUGAAUGUUCGAAUAUCAACAAAUUUAGUAGCAUAUCGAAUCGACUUUAUCCAUAAUGAGAAAUAGAGAACCUUUUCUUGCAGCUUGAAUUCGAGAUUGCUUAAUAAAUCAUACUGUGGUUUGAUUUUGUCAUUUAAUGAUUAACAUGCUUGGGCAUUAAAUGGGCGGCCAAAAUUUGACUCCAGUUCACUCCAGAAUCAAACUUCAGUCUUCACUCCAUGACUCCACUCCAUGGUUUGUAGUAUGCCAACUUUUUUUUCAUAUAAAUGAGAAAGAAACAACAGAUUUCAUCCUUUCAGUCGGUGCUUAGGAAUAAGACAGUGUAAAGAAGACGGAAUUAUUCAAAUACAGUUUGAAUUACUCAUCUUUCAUUUAUAAUAUUUGUGCCAAGCUGUACAAAAAACCAAGGCUGUUACAUAACAAUGGAAGCAAGAGUGAUUUUUAUUAUUUUUGUAUGCGUAUAUUCAGCAACUGCUUAUACAACAGAAAGCAUUACAGAGAAUCAAGACCAAACUGUGGACACAAAUAGGAAUGACAGCAAUUCGAAAGGAAAAUUAAGCAGUGGUUUGACAACAAAUAAAACACAGGAUAUAACAGAAACUAAUGAGGUUGACAUAACUAAAACUAAUGAGGUUCCUGCUUUAACAGUGGCUAGCAUGCCAACUCAGAGGAACACAGUCACUGAAACACCAAUAAUCAACACGAACAAUCAACUCGGACAAGAACUGGAAGAGGGUAUAAAUAGUAAAAAAAAUAUUCUUCAAGAUGACACUGUAAAUACAUUCAUUCUUCACAACUUUCUCUCUGAUCUUGAGGAGAAGAUUAUAAAGUUAUUCAAAGGCUUUGCAGAAGAGAAAGGGCAGAAUGUGGAGUUGAAACAAGAAAUUAAUGGUAUUAAAAGAAAUGUUCAAGAGCUUCAAGGGAAAACUGAUGAAAUCUCAGCAAGUUUGGAAAAGUUUAUGAAAAACAUGGCAUUUAUGAAAGAUGAUAUAGAAAGACAGGAGUCAGAAAUAGCAGAGAACUAUACAAUGGUUCAAGCAAAUAUUCAAAGAAUCAAAGACAAUGUUGAAAAAGUACAAGUAUCUCUGGUCAAUAAUGCAGAAAGUCUUGAAAUAUUAACACAUGAUAUGUUGGAGAUGAAAGAGGAAGUUAAACAUAUGCAACAAGAAAAUAGCAUUUCAAAUAGAAGCAAUGGCAAUUUGAAAGGAAAAUUAAGCAGUGGUUUGGCAUCAAAUGAAACAAAGGAAAUAAAGGAAACUAAUGAGGUUGACAUAACUAAAACUAAUGAGGUUCCUGCUUCAACAGUGGCUAGCAUGCCAACUCAGAUGAGCACAGUCACUGAAACACCGAUAAACAUGACAACAGGUACAGGAACACCUAUAAUCAUGACAACAGUUGCUAAAACACCAAUAAUCAACACCACGGUUACUGAAACACCAAUAAUCAACACCACGGUUACUGAAACACCAAUAAUCAACACCACAGUUACUGAAACACCAAUAAGCAUGACAACAUGUACUGAAGCACCAGUAAUCAUGCGUAAAUCAUGCUUGGACUUAUUUUACAAUGAACGUAAGACUUUUCAUGUUGAUGGUAUAUAUAACAUUACGUUAGGUCAAGUUGGACCAAUUUCAGUCUACUGCGACAUGACCAUUGAUGGCGGUGGUUGGACGGUAUUCCAACGACGUCUAGAUGGAUCUGUUAAUUUUUCGCGGAACUGGAAUGACUAUAAAACCGUAUUUGGUAACCUGACAGGCGAAUUUUGGCUUGGAAAUGAUUAUUUGAAUCUACUCACUGAUAAUGAUGAGCCACAUGAAUUGAGAAUCGAGCUAGAAGACCAUGACGGAAAUCGUGCCUAUGCCAAGUACAACGAUUUCAUGGUUGGAUCUGAAAGUACGAACUACCAACUGCAGCUGAAUAAUUACGUUGGGAAUGCUGGUGACUCGCUAGAGAAAUCUAUCAGAGGGCAGUCGUACAUACACAAUGGCAUGGAAUUCUCUACCUUGGACAGGGAUAAUGACAAAAGCAAUGGAAACUGUGCCGUUGACUUCAAAGGUGCCUGGUGGCACAACAGUUGCUUCGAAUCAAAUCUUAACAGCGUAUAUCAGGACCAGCCUUUGUGUAAGAAACCAUGGGCUUGCAUUGUCUGGAAUACAUGGAAGGGCUCCUGGUAUUCUCUCAAGUCCACUGAAAUGAAGUUCAGAUAAACUCUAAAGCAUCAAUAAUAAUCUGAAAGAAAGUGCUGGUUUACAGUAAUAUUGAUGCAUAAUUCAGAUUUAUUUACUUUUUAAAUGAACAGUGCUGUUCCUAUCAGAUGUCUCUCUUUCGUUUUUAAAAUGAUUUUCAUUGUUUAACUUUGGUGCAAAUGUAUUAUAACAUGUUUUAUCAUGAUUUUAAUUAAAGUACUGAUUGGCAGCAAAGAACCACUUCUUUAAGGCUAAAUUUGCUUACUUAAAAAUUGUUUCACUUAACCUCUAGAUUUAAUUUCAGUUAUAUUUUGUAUGAUCUAGUCUAAGAGUUAAGUUCUAUGCCAUUCCAAAGAUUUCUAUGAAUGGCAGUAAGUAAGAUAUUCUAAAGAUGUUUUUAAUAAUGUUAAUAUUAAGGCCAAAUUUAUAAUAUUGAGCCGCGCCAUGAGAAAACCAACA